AUGAGGAUGAGGAGAGUGAGACACGACGGAGGGAGCGACAGAGGAGAAGGAGAAAUCCUUCACGUUGCACGAGAGACGUUCCCGUCGAGAAACGGGAAAAUAACUUGGUCCUCUACGCCGUACGAAACAACCCCGUCGCAACGACGACAACAACAACAACAACAACAACAACAACAACAAGAGCAGCGGGAGCAGCGACCCUGGACUCCGGGACCCACGGCCCUGGCGGUUUCCGAGGCCCGAGACGUCAUCUCGACGUUCUACCUCUUCCUCACGCCGGAGAUAGACAAAAUCAUCCUGGAGGAGACGAAUCGCGAGGGUCUCAGGAAACACGGAAGAGACGGAUGGAGGCGUAUGGAUGAGAUCGACCUGCAUGCUUACGUGGGCCUGCUCAUCCUCGCCGGCGUGUACAGGUCCCGAGGCGAGGCCACCGCCAGCCUGUGGGACGCGGAGAGCGGGCGUGCGAUUUUCCGAGCCACCAUGUCGCUCAAAGUCUUUCACCUUUACUCGACGCUGCUGCGGUUCGACGACCGCGAGACCAGAGCGGAGAGGCGCGCCUCGGACAAACUGGCGGCCGUCAGAAAGCUCUGGGACGCGUGGGUCGAGCGGCUACCGGCCCUCUACAACCCGGGCCCUGACGUCACGGUGGACGAGCAACUGGUUCCAUUCAGAGGCCGAUGUCCCUUUAGACAGUAUAUGCUGAGCAAGCCCGCCAAAUACGGGAUCAAGUCGUGGGUGGCCUGCGACGCCAGGUCUAGCUACGUUUGGAAAAUGCAGGUUUACACCGGGAAGCCCGCCGCCGGAGGAUGGGAACGGGGUACCGGAGCGGCGAAGGGCUCGGAGAAGAAUCAAGCGACGCGCGUGGUGCUGGACGUGACCGAGGGUCUCACCGGUCGUAACGUCACCUGCGACAAUUUCUUCACGUCCUACGAGCUCGCGGGGAGGCUCCUCCACGAGAGGAACAACACCCUGCUCGGCACGAUCAGAAAGAACAAGCCCGAGCUCCCGCGCGCCCUGCUCGAGCUCCGGGGGAGACGGGUCCUCUCCUCCAAGUUCGCUUUCACGCCCGACACCGCGCUGGUGUCCUACGUGCCCAAGAAAAACAAGAACGUGCUGUUGCUCAGCACGCUCCACGCGCGGGCCCCCGAGGUCCGCUCGGACGGGAAGCCCGCUAUCGUCUUGGACUACAACGCCAAUAAAGGCGGCGUGGACACCCUGGACAAAGUCAUGGGCUCCUACAGCUGCAGAAGGAUGACUAAGCGAUGGCCCCUCGUAGUCUUCCACAACAUCGUCGACAUGUCUGGUUACAACGCCUUCGUGAUAUGGAGAGAGCUCAACCCCGGCUGGUUGGCCGGCAGGCGCAACAAGAGGAGGGUGUUUCUCGAGCAGCUGGGGAAGGCGCUCGUGGCUCCGCUCAUCGAGCGGAGGCCUCGCCUGCCGAGCUCCGAAUCGGCCGUGUCGGUCGUGAAGGCAGUCAGCAAGAGGAAGAGGUGUCAGGUCUGCCCCUCCAAGAAGGACUGCAAGACACGCAAAGUCUGCCGUCGCUGCCAGAGAUACAUAUGUGGAGGUUGCGCUCUCCUGUACUGCCCGGCGUGCGACGAGUUGUACUCGGCCCUGGAGCGCGG